AUGAUCGCGCGAUUUGUAACGCAUGCAGCCAAAGCCCUCGGGCAACUAAAACUCACAGCUGUCACGUAUAUUGACCUGCUCUUGGCGCCGCUGCUAGGUACAAAUGGACCCUCGUGCCAUGGCGCUCUAUGCUACGUAUUUGGCACUUCGGCUAUGCCUCGGUCAUCCCAAUCGCCCAGGGCGUUCUCUACUCAUAUUAUCGGUAGAUCCCGGAUUCCUACAAGCACCAAGUCGUUUGCAGACGAACCGAAUCCCGAUCGACAACCGAACCGACUUUCGGCGGUGUCGGGCGGUCAGUCCCAGUUCUGCCGUUGCGGCUGCCCAGGUGACGUUGAAUGCUUUGACUAA